AUGGACCUUACGAAGACUUGGCAGAUCGCGUCGCCAUCGCUCACCGGCCUUCCGCAGCCUUCUGGCCCGCCAGCAGUGGCCCUUGGUAUGCUAUGGAACUCGUAUGAGUCGCUGUACCUGUAUGGCGGCGAGUUUUCGUGGAAGCCGGUGGUAUCACCACCGCCGGUGUCAGUGUGGGAAUACGACAUCCUGUCCUCUUCAUGGAUCCAACACAGCAACCCUACCACGUCCAGUGGCACCAACUCUCCAAGCAACGGAGACCCAGUCCAGCGAUCUGCGGAAGGCGCUGGCGUAAGUGUUCCGUCUUUGGGUCGUGGCUUCUACUUCGGCGGACACCAAGAUGGGUAUACGACACCAGGGUGGUCACAGUGGAUUGCCCGGAUCUACCUCCAGUCGCUUCUUGAGUUCACCUUUCCCGGAUUCUCAAACAACCAGGUUAACACGCUAGGUAACGGGAAGACUGCUGGCACCGAUGGCAACUACCGGAAUAUCACAUCAGCCGGUCUACAAGCUCAAGCUGGCUUCACAGCACGUGCAGAUGGUCUGUUGGUGUAUGUUCCAGGCUUUGGUGCUCAAGGUAUCCUGCUUGCACUGGCUGGCGGUACCAAUACCACGUUCACGCAGAUGAACAACAUCGACGUGUACGACAUUGCAACAAGCAAUUGGUAUAAGCAGUCAACUUCCGGACCCACGCCGACUAUACGUGUCAACCCUUGUGCAGUGAUCGCGGCAGCUCCUGACGGUUCGUCUUACAACAUUUACAUGUUUGGCGGGCAAAAUCUCGUCCCGGCUGGCAACCAGUCACAAUUCAACGACAUGUGGAUCUUAAGCUUGCCGUCGUUCACGUGGAUCGAAGUUAACCAGGGCGGACAGUCUGUGCCGUAUGGCAGGAGCGGCCAUACCUGCAAUAUCUGGGACGGUCAAAUGGUUGUUGUUGGCGGUUAUGUUGGCGAUCAGCUCACUUGUGACAGUCCCGGCAUAUACGUUUUCGACUUGAGCAACACACAAUGGGUGCAACAGUUUACCGCACUCAGUCCGGGUGGCGCCGGUUCUGGCUCGUCGUCCGGCUCGUCGUCGGGCUCAUCAUCGGGAUCGUCCUCAGGAUCAUCGUCAGGCUCAUCAUCUGGCUCAUCGUCAGGCUCAUCAUCUGGCACAGCGUCAGGCUCAUCAUCUGGCUCAUCGUCGGGCUCAUCGUCCGGCUCAUCUUCAGGGUCCUCCUCGGGAGCAUCCUCGUCAUCAUCCUCGAGCUUCAAUUCUACUGGCGCCAACAAUCCGUUCAACCAGCAACCUGCGCAGCUCGCAAACUCUUCAAGCCCAGGUGGGCUGCAAGGCUCGUAUGGCUACACCGUACCAAAGGUUGUUGUCGAUGUGAUCGGCGGCGGACCAAGUGGUGGUGCAACGCUCACGGCGCCUGUUGUGACCGCAACAGGUGGUCCGUUGGCUACUGGCAAGCCCAUUACAUACACCGUCACCCAAUCGAACGGCGCAACCGUUACCCAGACCGCUUCGCCCAAUAGUGGAAGCAGUGGUAGCGGUAGUGGUAGCGGUAAUGGAGGCGGUAGCAGCUCAUCUGGGGACUCUGGCAAAGCAGGCCCGAACAUCGCCGCCAUUGUCAUUGGCGUCGUAUGCGGUAUCCUAUUCAUCAUCGUCUGCUAUCUCGCCUUCUGCCUCUAUCUUUACCGGAGGCAGCUGCAGCUGUAUAAGCGGCACGUGGAAAUGACUCAAGCUCAGGCGCGUGGAGAGAAGGUGCCCGCCAUACCGGGUCUGCUUGCGAGCGACAGCGCGAAGACGAGCGAAGACCGCAGGCGCGAGAAGAACAACCCGUUCAAGGACAAUUCGAGUGGAAACGGCAGCCACGUUCACAGUGGUCUGGUGCCGAGCUCGCUUAGUGGAGGUGGAGCCAGCGGGUACCAGAGUGUCCGCAGGGACAGUGAUCGGAGCAGUAUUGAGAACAUCAUGGAUCGGCAGGAGCCGACGUUCGUGGGUGUCAUGCUCAAUCCUCGACGCAGUCUCAAGGUUAUCAAUCGGGACUGA